AUGAAUAGCAACGAUGAGGAGGCUCUUAGCUCCGUCUACAAAAAGAUCCAGCGCGAACGUGCUCUCCUCAAUGCCGCGAAUCAAAUGAGGCAGCAGACUCAGAAUGAGCAAGUUAGAGCUAGGAUAGAUAUCCAAAUGCGCGAUGGCCGUCGAAAUAUUUCAUACCUAGAGGAGCGCAUGAAAGAAUUACAACUACGAACAGAAGGUCGAACGGGUAGUGCGGGGAGUAGUGCUGGUCGCCCGCCCAGUAGCGGUCUGCGUGAUGAUAGAGCCGCUCCGCCGCCAACCCCGCCGCCCAAGGAUGCCAGAGGAAAUCCCAUCGAGACGGGGGAUCAAGCCGGAUAUGGUGACCAGGAAUACAGUCAGAUUGGUGGUCAUGGUGAUAUGAUGCCACCGAGAAAUCCUUUUGCGCCUCCUGCACCAGGUUCUGGCAUGCCUAGAUCACGUCCUAAUUAUACCAAGCUUGAUCUCAUCAAGUAUGAUACUCCUUAUCUAGGACCCCGCAUUCAACUCAUGCUUUCACAAUUGGAGUUCAAGCUUAACGUCGAGAAACAAUAUUUGAAGGGUAUCGAGAAGAUGGUUCAAUUAUAUCAAAUGGAGGGUGAUAGGAAGAGCAAAGCGGAUGCUGCUGCUCGCCGAGUUGAAAGUAAUCAAAAGAUUCAGAUCCUCAAGCAGGCUUUGAAAGGUUACGAAGAUUUACAUAUAGAUAUGGAGAGCUCAGCGGAUGCUCCAGAUGAUGAUAGUAUCAAUACCCCUAAUAUGCGAAAGCCUUUGACAGGUCAACUUGUUCUCCGCAUUCAAGCAGUUAAGGAUGUUGAUCAUGCAACAACCAGUAGAUUUACAAGAGGACCGGAAACUUCGAUCGCCGUGAAGGUUGAAGAUAACGUUGUUGCAAGAACGAAAAACACCCGAACUGAUAAAUGGGAGAAUGAAAUUCAUAACAUCUAUGUGGACAAGGCAAACGAAAUUGAACUUACGGUUUACGACAAAGCUGGCGAUCAAGCAUUACCUAUUGGUUUAUUGUGGGUCAGAAUAUCUGACAUUGUCGAAGAAAUGAGAAGGAAGAGAAUCGAGGCCGAGAUCAAUAACUCCGGGUGGGUUUCUGCGGACCGCAUGGCUAGUGGUGGCGCCCCACCAGCACAAUUUCCAAUGACUGGCACAAGUCAAUUUGGACCGCCGCCAGGUAGCGCGGGAACUGGAGCACAACCAGCCGGAGCAAACGAGUUUGGAGGGCCGGGAAAUACAGUGGUAGCACCACAACCGAUCGAUGCGUGGUUUGCCCUUGAACCUAGCGGUGCCGUAAAUCUCAAUAUCUCGUUCACGAAACAAACUAAAGAUCGAAGACCAUUUGACCUUGCCCUCGGUCGAAAAGGUGCCAUUCGUCAAAGAAAGGAAGAAGUGCACGAGAUGUAUGGGCACAAGUUCAUCUCGCAACAAUUUUACAACAUCAUGCGAUGUGCACUCUGUGGAGACUUCCUUACAUAUACUGCUGGAAUGCAGUGUGAGGACUGCAAAUAUACUUGUCACACGAAGUGUUUCUCACAAGUCGUUACGAAAUGUAUCAGCAAAUCCAACGCGGAAACCGAUCCAGACGAGGAAAAGAUCAAUCAUCGUAUUCCACAUCGUUUCGAGAAGUUCAACAAUAUGAGCGCAAACUGGUGUUGUCAUUGUGGAUAUGUUUUGCCAUUCGGAAAGAAGAAUUGUCGCAAGUGCACUGAAUGUGCCCUUACAUGCCAUGCACACUGUGUACAUCUUGUUCCAGAUUUCUGUGGUAUGUCCAUGGCGGUCGCAAACGCCAUUCUUGAUGGUAUUAGAAGCCAAAAACGCCGACUGACGACACCUGUUCCCAUGAGCGAGAAAACAUUGAGAGAGAAGAAGCCAGAAACGGAAGGAACACCGACUGAUCGUAACUCUUAUGGAUCGCCUGAAUCUACACGACCUCCUAGAGCAAAAUCUUAUGGGGCGCCCAGCUCUAGCGAAGCUACUCAAGCCGCACAGGCAAUGUAUACACCAAGUGCCACUUCACCACAACAACGACCAGCAGGACCUGAUCGAACAUCCACAUCAUCAAGUGCUACAGCUGCCGCUGCAGCAGCAACUGCUGCAAUGGGGGGUAGGCAACCGAUACCUCCAAGAGACCAAUAUUCCCGAGCUUCCACCGAUUAUACCCACCAAGUUGGAGCUCAACGAGGCGCGGCUGGCAAUGCACAAACACCCGAUAAGCAUUCAGAGGUCAGUCCAUAUGGUGCAAACCCCUCGGCGCAAAUGCCUACACAGCCAGCUUAUAACCCUGCCGCAUAUGCAAAUGUUGACAGUGGUUAUUCUCAGCCAAUGCCCCAAUUACAACAUUCGCCACUCCCACCUCCUCCUCCAUCUGCAACAAUGUUUGCACCUCCAUCACAAGGACCUCCUCCAGAGAUUCCACUACCUGCACAACCUGGUUCACAACAAGUCGUACCUCAAGGGCAACAACGAAAGCAAGUUCCUGCAGCAAACGAACCAGGCACUGGACGUCGUAUUGGUCUUGAUCAUUUCAACUUUCUUGCGGUUCUGGGUAAGGGUAAUUUCGGUAAGGUCAUGCUUGCUGAGACCAAGCAAACUAAGAAACUCUAUGCUAUUAAAGUUUUGAAAAAGGAGUUCAUCAUUGAGAAUGAUGAAGUCGAAAGUACCAGGUCUGAGAAGAGAGUGUUCUUGAUCGCAAACAAGGAACGUCAUCCUUUCUUGUUGACUCUCCAUGCCUGUUUCCAAACAGAAACCAGAGUAUAUUUCGUUAUGGAGUACAUCAGUGGUGGUGAUCUUAUGUUGCACAUUCAACGAGGACAAUUCGGAACUAAGCGUGCACAGUAA